AAAUAAAAAAUUGAUAAACGAAAAAAAAAACUCAAAGUCUUCAAUGAGGUCUAGGAUUCACCGUUGUCUGGCCAAGCUACCUAACAACGACGCUUUCAAUGUGUAGUUCAACUUCCCGGACUGUCUAAGCGGCGAACUGAAUUCAACGGCAACAGCUUUAGCUUUGAAUUUUGCUUUUAAUGUUAGAGACGUGACCGAUAAGGACUAGAUUCUGUUCUGAAAAGAUUAAUCUUUGGGUGGAAAAGUAUAGCCUCCUCCCGCAUGGUUUAUAUACAUACACUGAGGAAGGGAACCGAGAAUCAUGAUGAUGAUGAUGAGUUCUGAUAGCAUGGACUGCUCCACGGAAACAGAAGAAGAGAGCUUUAAAAGCAAUGGGAUAGAGAAGACCAAAAUAAGUCUUAUGAGAACUUUGGUCGAAACACAAGAUCCCUCUUCCAAGGAAGUAGAUGAUUUGACAUUCAGAAGAUUUCUGCGAGCUCGUGAUUUAGAUGUAGAGAAAGCAUCUGCCAUGUUCCUUAAGUACCUGAAGUGGAGACGGAGCUUUGUUCCGAACGGUUCCAUAUCUCCAUCAGAAGUUGCACAAGAAAUUGAACAGAACAAGAUGUUUCUGCAAGGAUCAGACAAGAAAGGACGACUCAUAGCAGUUGUUCUUGCUGCAAGACAUUUUCAACAUAAAGGGGGUGUGGAAGAAUUCAAGCGUUUUAUAGUCUACGCUUUUGACAAAAUAUUUGCUAGGAUGCCUCCAGGACAAGAGAAAUUCGUUGUUAUUGGAGAUCUUGAAGGUUGGGGAUAUGCAAACAGCGACAUCCGUGCAUACCUUGCAGCUCUAUCUCUCGUGCAGGAGUACUACCCUGAAAGACUAGAAAAGCUCUUCAUAGUUCAUGCACCGUACAUAUUCAUGACAGCUUGGAAGAUUGUUUACCCUUUUAUCGACAACAAAACCCGGAAGAAGAUCGUAUUCGUUGGGAACAAGACACUCAAAUCAACUCUGCUUGAAGAGAUAGACGAGAGCCAGCUCCCAGAAACAUAUGGUGGCAAACUGCCAUUGGUUCCAAUUCAUGACUGCUAAAUACUAUAUAUGAACUUAGUUCACUCUUUAGACUAAAAGAGUCUGCUAAAAGACUUUAAUGGGAUGCAUCCAUCUGUUCACUGAAAUUAUAUAUCUUCAUUUAUUUCAUGACGUCCAUUAAAAGAGUAACUUGGGAUUGAGAGCAGUGUUUGGAAGCUCAAUAAGCAACUGGAGAGACGCAGAGAGUACGUAUGCAGGAAAGGUUUAGCCAUUAUCAACGGGCAGUAGGAUAAGUUGGUUUUCAAUAAGACAGUAAAUCCCAACAAGAUCUGCAAAACUUAUAAAGAGAAAUAUUGGCAGCAAAAAAUAGUUUAGUGGAAACCCACUAUUGUGGUGAAACAUAACUGAGGCUUCCAGUUCUCUCACCAGCGUGCAAGAGUGAAUAUAUGCAAAUUAUUGUUUUGUGAUUCUAUCUCAUUCUUGUUGUCUAUAAUCGGUUGGAUAUGAACCUUAUAAUUUCCAUUCA